ACGUAAGCCGUCUUCCUGCCAUUUUGAAAAUCUCGCGUUUAUGUUCCCACUUUGCAGCAUCUUUGGCGCUGUAGCUUCUCGAUUGCAUCUUUAAAAAAAAAAAAAAGGAUCUUUUCGUGUUUAAUCAGUGAUUAAUUUCAGGAUGAAUGUUAUUGAUCAUGUGCGGGACAUGGCGGCCGCGGGCCUUCACUCUAACGUGCGGCUCCUGAGCAGCCUGCUGCUGACCAUGAGCACCAACAACCCGGAGCUCUUCUCUCCAGCUCAGAAGUAUCAGCUGUUGGUGUAUCACGCUGAUGCUAUAUUUCAUGAUAAAGAGUACAGAAAUGCAGCCUGCAAGUACAACAUGGCCCUGCAGCAGAAAAAGGUGCUCAGUAAAAGCUCUAAAGUGCGUCCAUCCAGCACAGGAGGCCCUUCUUCAGUCCAAACCCAGAACUUGCCUUCAGAGAUUGAGGUGAAGUACAAGAUUGCAGAGUGCUACACCAUUUUGAAGCUGGACAAAGAUGCCAUCUCGGUUUUGGACGGGAUUCCCUCAAGGCAGAGGACUCCCAAGAUCAACAUGAUGCUGGCGAAUCUGUAUAGAAAGGCUGGACAGGAGCGAUCAGCAGUCACGAGCUACAAGGAAGUCCUGAGGCAGUGUCCUCUCGCACUGGAUGCUAUUAUUGGGCUGCUGUCUCUGUCUGUGAAAGGAGCUGAGGUGGCCUCCAUGACCAUGGAUGUGAUUCAGAGUAUCCCCAAUCUGGACUGGCUUUCUGUUUGGAUCAAAGCCUACGCCUUCAUCCAUGGAGGAGAUAAUCACAGAGCCAUCAAUACUAUCUGCUCUCUGGAGAAAAAGUCUCUCCUGAGGGAUAACGUGGAUCUGUUGGUGAGCCUCGCAGACGUGUACUUCCGAGCCGGAGACACCAAGAACGCCAUCCUGAAGUUUGAGCAGGCGCAGAUGCUCGACCCCUAUCUAAUCAAAGGCAUGGAUGUGUACGGCUACCUGAUGGCUCGAGAAGGACAUUUGGAGGAUGUGGAAGUUCUCGGUGGUCGACUGUUUAACAUCUCGGAUCAGCAUGCGGAACCCUGGGUAAUAUCUGGGUGCCACAGUUUCUACAGUAAGCGCUAUUCUCGUGCACUGUACCUGGGGGCCAAAGCCAUUCAGCUGAACAGUAACAGCGUGCAGGCUCUGCUUCUGAAGGGUGCUGCGCUGCGUAACAUGGGCCGAGUGCAGGAAGCUAUCAUUCACUUUAGGGAGGCCAUGAGGUUGGCACCAUGCCGUCUGGACUGCUACGAAGGACUGAUUGACUGUUACCUGGCAUCCAAUGGCAUCCGUGAGGCAAUGGGCAUGGCCAAUAACAUCUAUAAGACUCUCGGUGCCAACGCCCAGACCCUCACUAUUCUGGCCACAGUGUGUCUGGAGGACCCCAUGACCCAGGAGAAGGCCAAGACCCUGCUGGACAAAGCCCUCGCUCAGCGGCCAGACUACAUCAAAGCUGUGGUGAAGAAAGCAGAGCUCCUCAGUCGAGAACAGAAAUACGAAGAAGGCAUAGCACUUCUGCGAAAUACACUGGCCAAUCAGAGCGACUGCAUGCUGCACAGAAUGCUGGGAGAUUUCCUAGUCGCUGUUAAUGAGUAUCAGGAGGCCAUGGACCAGUACAGCAUAGCACUGAGCCUGGAUCCAAAUGACCAGAAGUCUCUAGAGGGCAUGCAGAAGAUGGAGAAGGAGGAGAGCCCUACGGAUGCCACGGUGGAGAUAGACGGGGACGACAUGGAGGGCAGCGGUGAGGAGGGCGACCUCGAGGGCAGCGACAGCGAGGCAGCGCAGUGGGCCGACCAGGAGCAGUGGUUCGGCAUGCAGUGAGCGGCAGCACUGAUCUCGGAUCAGCCUCCUUCUGACUCAUAUCAUCACUCAGCAGGAUUUAAAGAACACAAACUGAUCCUGGAUCAACACUUAACUCUGGUGGAGUUUGAGACAUACUGUAUGAGCCUGGCCUACGGAAAGUGUUGCAGCGCCUCCUGCAGGCUGGGAGCCGUGUCUGCGCAGGCCAGAGCACAGGAAAGCCUGACAAAUCUGUGCGUAAAUAUGGACAAUACUGUAACGGGUGAUGGUGCACAGUUAUAAAGAACAGCACUGAUGCUUGGAAACACUUUAACCACUUUGCCACUGUGUUGCAAAAGCAAUGCCUUAUACGAGGCUUGUCUUUUGCCUUUACACAGGUCAUGUGACUGGACACGAAUCUGCUCGGCAUCAGUGCUUCAGUUUUGAAUCUAAUGGUCGUACUUGUGUUUUGAGCGCCCUGGUCACUUUUCCAGUUUUGUCACAGCGAGAUCUCUCACAAACCAUUUUCUAAUGAACUUCAAACAUGAGUGUAAUUGCUUGCUUGUUGUUAGGAGGUAACAGCAAAGCCUUAGUGUUAUCACUUAUGUUUGAUAACACUUUGAUUUUGAAACACACCGAUUUUUUUUUCUUAUUACACUGCUUUGUAACUGCGCUAGCAAUGUCCGUUCCAUCCGCCGCCCAGACUGGCUCACAACCUCUAACUUCUCGUAUGAAUAAUGAUAAUACAGCCCAGACCAACAAACUAGCACCAGAAUUGCUGAACACAUCACGGAAAUUUCAGUAUACACACAUUUACUGUGUUUCAGGGUGGACUUUUCCUUUACCUUGUGCUAAUUUUGAUUUUUCUCAAGUUGGCCUUCUCCUUAAUGGCUGAUCUCCUAACAGCCUUUUCCAAGUGAUUUCUCACAUCCAUGCUUUCCCGACGCCAUUAAGUAAAGAAGAACAAACUCCUCCAAAAGGAGAAAACGUUUGUUUCCAGUCAGCAUAUUGAUCAAGUUAAAUUCAUGUAGCCUGAAGUGCUCUUUGUGGCGUCACUUAUUUUUUAUUCUAAUGUUUAUAACAAUAUUGUGGCAUUGUGAGCUGUGAAUAAUACUAUUUUUCAAUGUUAACAAAUAAAUCAUGACGGAUUCUUAGUAACUGUCAAUUUCCCUGUUUUUAAACUAAUAACAGCAGUCACGCGUGUGAGCUGAAUAAUAUAUAUGUAUAUCAAUGUUGGUUUUUGCAACACUGAUGGUGCAGAAGCCUGUCGUAUGCAAAUGAACUGUCUAGACUGUUUUACACAUGUACCAAAUCUAUCUAAAAUAUUUGAGCUUGUUAAUACAAAGAAA